AUGGCCGACCAUGAGAAGGAGGGGAUCAGAAUGCGUGGUGAGAGAUCAGUGGGCUCCAGGAGCACUCGCCAAAAAUCUCAGGAUGCUCUGGGCGCCGAUGCGGAUCGAGCCGAGCGAGGCUUCCUGUCCAACCUUGUCGUUUCGGCAUACCUGCGGAGGCCACUCCUAUCAAUCUCGCUGUCCUACCCCGCCAUCUUUGCUCUUGGCUUCGGGUGCUCGCUAUCCUACUACGGCUAUUUGAGGCCGGAGCAAUUGCCGGAUCCCCUCCGCGAGCGAGCAAGAGUCGCUAGCAACACUUUCUUCAAGGCCUUUGAUGAGAUGAUGUCAUCAGACACAGUUGACAGCCUGCUCCGCACAACUUCGCGGAUGAAGGAAGUGCUCGAUCUUCAAGCACUUUCGAAUGCAACAUUGGGCUUCACGGACAUCGUCAAGAAUCGUACGUCCCUGGGGGGAGUAAAGGACCUCCUUCCUGACUGGCAGGUGCCUGCCAUCAGCCAAGUCUUGGGCAAGAGUGAGCGUGUUGGCAUCCGAAUGGCCCGUGAAGGCAAAGUUGCCAAGCAUCCGAUCAUAAUGGUUCCUGGGAUCAUCACGACUGGCUUGGAACUUUGGGAUGGAGAGGACUGCAUCAAGAAUUAUUUCAGGCAGAGGAUUUGGGGCACCACGACCAUGCUGCAAGCUAUGGUCCGUGAUCCAGACUGCUGGGUUCGGCACAUGUCUCUCAACACAACUACUGGCCUCGAUCCACUGCAGCAGCCGCACUUUAACCGCACGAUCCGUGUUCGCCCAUCUCAGGGCUUUGAGAGUGCUGACUUCUUCAUUGGCGGCUACUGGCUGUGGGGUCUAAUGAUUGAAUCUCUUGCAGAUGUUGGAUAUGACCAAAACUCAAUGUACAUGGCUUCGUAUGAUUGGCGUUUGUCCUUCGAAGACAUGGAGCGGAGAGAUUGGUACUUCACCAAGCUGAUGCAGCAGAUCGAAACCCUCGUGAAGAUGAACCGCGAGAAGGCAGCGAUUGUGGCGCAUUCCAUGGGAGGAAACCUGUUUCACUACUUCAUGCAAUGGGUCACGCAUCACGUACAUCCCAACUGGGUGCACAAUCAUGUUGACUCGGUAAUCCUGAUUUCAUCUCCACUGCUUGGCCUGCCGAAAGCGUACUUCUCGCUCCUUACAGGUGACAACAGAGACUUUGCUACCAUGGGCACUUUCAGUGCUGUUGUCAACCAUUACUUUGGUAGCAACACGCGUCGGAGUCUUUGGAGAAGCUGCUCAUCCUUGUCGAUGAUCAUGCCGAUUGGUGGAAAUGCAGUCUGGGGGCAGCAGGUCACAGGCAUGCCAUUGGUGCAAGUGCAGGGCAAGAACCUAACGGUUGAAGAAGCAUACGAUUUGCUUGCCAGUGCUGGGCACGUUCCACAGGAUCUACAGCGGAUUGAGGCCUGGCUCUUGCAGGGAAUUCGUGCUUCAACACCGAUCGAAGCACAGGCAGAACACCAGAGAAAAGACACAACCUGGGGCAAUGCGCUGGCAACCGUCCUGCCCUUUGCGCCUCAGAUGAAGAUGUAUGCAUUAUACGGUGUGGGAGUCUCUACCGAGUACACGGGAGCUUUGGAAGCAUCUGGUGAUGAUGUCCAACGUCCCAAAUACGGUAUUGAUAGGGAGGCCCACGCGCCGAAUGCAGGCUUCUUGCUUGGAGACGGUGACUACUCCUGCCCCGUUCUUUCAUUGGGGUUCAUGUGCACAAAGGGCUGGAAAAACGAAGCCAGGAAUCCUGCAAGGAUACCAUGCACAGUGCGAGAGUACAAAGACAGGCCUGGGCCCAAAGGUGUAAUGUCCGGAAGCCUGCGUGGCGGACCCACCUCGGGAGAUCACGUCGACAUCUUAGGGAACGUGGAGCUGUUAGAAGAUCUGAUCUCAUUGGUAGUCGGCGGAGGGCUUGGUACACGCAUCGUCUCAGACUUGGCAGAGCUUCUGGAGCCGACUGUCCAGAAGAUGACCGUUCUGGGAUCUGAGGUUGAGCAUCUCAACACUUCCGUGGCGAGGCACAUGAAGGAACUGGACUCUCUCCACUUGGGCCAGCUUCGCUUUCAGGAGCAGGUCGGCGCCGUGGCGCAGAUCAAAGAGGAAAUGGGUCGGUGGGACAGUCAGCGACGAAUCGCGGAGGCCUCCAUGGAUGAGAAGCUGGAAGCUAUGCUGCAGAAGCUGGAAGCACAGCGGUUUGCUCUGGAACAGAAGGAAUCCACGCUGCAUCAUAUGCAGCGAAAUCUGGAACGGGUGGCCAAUGAGGUAAACCGACUUGUGGAGGAUCAGGACGCAGUUCGGGACAUCUGUGAAGCUCGUGUCGACGAGCAGAGCAGACGAUUCACUCAGUUCAAAGCUGAAACCGAAGUCCGAUUUGCCAGCAUGGAGAGGCAGCACAAUGCCCUGAGUGAUGAGCUCUGGGGAGAUGAGCUGGGAUUGGCUAAGAUUGCCGGAGAACUGAAAAAGACGAAUGCGACCUUCGGCAAGCUCGAGGACGCAGUAGCUGCUCUGCAAGAAGGCAAGGCAGAAGCCGUGCAGCUGGAGAAGUUGCGGGCAGACGUGGCCAAGAUGGUGCAUGAGGCGAAGACCUCGACUUCACAGAUGCGGCAGACCGUUGGUGAGGUGGUGAACGACGUGCGAGAGCAUUUUCGCACUGCGUCGGAGACCAUCGCAUCCCACAAUGCCAACUUUGUGAAGCAGGUUCGCGAGGAGUAUCAGGUCGAGCUGUCCAACUCCGCGAAGCUUCGGGAAGAGGUGAAGAGCUUUAUGAGCAAAGCCACGCAAAGUGUGGAGAGCCUGGAGCUGCGUGUAGAUGAGGUGGCAUCCAAGGCAAACGCCUUGGCUGCCGAAGCACGUGAAGAGCUGGAGGAACUCAACAGACGGAGGAAGAGGGACAAAACCUCGGCAGACAACGAGCUGAAGGCGCUGAAGAAGAGACUUGGUGGUGUUUUUGACAACUCAGAUGCAGUCCUCCGUGGAAUCGAGCACAUCUACUCGGUGCUGCAGCCAGUCCUGGAGAGCGAGCUGAUGCAGUGUGCUCUCGAGAAGCAGGAUGCAGUGGAUCGUGACAGAAUUUCGUUGAUGGGGGUCAAAGAUGACGAGCGAACUCUGGCCCGCACGACACACACUGAACCUCAGCAACCCAGACCGGAGUGCCGUGUGAAAUCGGCGCCCGGAGGCAUGAAGCCGUCCAACGCGUCCAACACGGAUGCAAACCACGGAUUGCCACAGGCCCAGAAGCCUGUGGUGAGGGUUGACAAUCGCUGCGUCUCUUGCAGUGGGCAGGCUCCACUCGUGCUUGCAGCGUUCAAGAUGGCUUGCCUUCACUAUGCGCCUUCGCCGAUCGACUAUCGAGGCGCUGCCGUGGAGCGCUACGAACUUCUGGACCGCCGAGAGCAGCUCCUGCUCACGGCCAACAGAUCUUUGGUGCAGGGGCCAAGUGCCUUUGACGGCGGCACAGGCUGA